CCGCGCGCCGCGCCCCUGCUCUGCGCUUCCGAGCCGCCACGCUCCGCCAGGCUGGCCUCUCAGCCCCUGUCGGAGGAGCCCGCGGCGACCUGCACGCGUUCCGGCACGAGCGUCGGUCUCACCCCUCGGUUUCUGGCAGAGAAAUGGAAAACCCGCCGGGAGGCCUGACCCUGGGAUGUGGGGGGCGACGGGCGCGCCGAGGAGCCGGGAAGCGGCUGAAGAGGAGGACGGGGCAGCAUUUGAAGGGACGCGGGGCCGCUCGGACCCGGGAAGGCGCCCCGCGGCCGGCGCCUUAGAGCCCGGGCUGCGGACUCGGACGUGUGUGGAUUCCAGUCCGGGCCUGGCGCUUUAGUUCUCUGACCUCGGGGAAGUUACUCAAGCCCUCUGGGCCUGUUUCCUCAUCUCUAACGUGGCAGGAGUAGUAGACCCGAUUUCGUAGGCCGUUAGGAGGUUCUGAGGAGAGACUGUGGAACUUUGUCACCACAGAGCCUGGCCUGUGGCGUUGGUGAAUGGUGGGGAUUAAGGACUAGUCGGGAAAGAAGAGCAGGUAAGAGGGUGGGGGAGCGGCCGCCCGGGUAGGCGGUGCGCGUGGAACGUGGAGCCAGGAGGCUGCGGAGAGGCCAGAUGUUGAUGGACGGUUCGUUGAGGGCAAGAUAGAAUUAUAGCUCGCAGCGUUGGGCUGAUGACACGCUCGCCUGAAUUAUCUUGUAUCAUCCUCACAGCUCUAUGAAGUGGGUACUGUUACGAAUAGUUUAUAAAUAAGGGACUUGAGGCUCAGAGAAGUGAAGUGACUUUCCAGACGUUGCAGAGCUAGUAGUGGCCAACAUUCGAAGUCAGACUCCAGAGCCUGUUUUUGUCAUAAGAGCCAUUGUGAUCAGAUAACCAAAGUGUGUCAAAGUUUAAAUAAUCAUGAAGUCUCUCUGAUGCCCAGGACUUUUGAGAAAUAACCAAAAAAUUUUCCAGUCAUGCCACCGGAAAAACAGCCACGUUUGUGCCUGAGCAGACAGACAAUCACUACAUCAAAACUGCUGAGCAGCAGAAACAACUGUAAAACACCAUCAAUUCAAAAACAGGAUCAAGCUACUCCAGAUCAACAAGCAUUUGCCUGAUGGCCUGGACUGCAAUAUAACCACCUAAAAUAGAAGGACUGGGCAGAAUUGAAGAUAGAGAAAUUAGAAUGGUUCAAAACAGGAAGCAAAACUACAGAACAGGAAGAACUGAGAAAAGAGCACCAAAAAGGGCGACAAAGCCAGCCAGGGAGAUCUAACCAGAGGGAGAUAGAGCUGUUUUUUUGACACCCUGAUGAAGAAUGACUAAUGGAAAGGGUCUGGUCCUCAAAGCAAGUACAAUCUUAUUUCUAAAGUCCCUUCUGGUUAUCAGAUUCUUAAAAACUAAGAUUUUUUAGGAUUUAACAAACAAACGAGAAGUGAUAGGAGAUUUGAGCAGAUACCUGCCAUAUUUGUUUUGGGGGAGCCCAGCCUUGGGACAAGGAGGUAUAAUAAUACCUUAGUUCUGCAGUCCCAAACCCCCAGGCCGUAGCCCGGUACUGGGUCAGCAGCCUGUUAGGAACCCUGCACACAUCACCGCCCCACCAACCUCAUCUGUGGAAAAAUUGUCUUCCAUGAAACUUCAGAACCAGGAGGUGAGCAGCAGGCGAGCACCGGCAAAGCUUUGUCUGUAUUUUCAGCUGUUCCCCAUCGCUGGCAUCACCGCAUCCGCCUCCCCACCUCCAUACCCCGUAGAAAAAUUGUCUUCAAUGAAACCAGUCCCUGGUGCCAAAAAGGUUGGGGACUGAUGUCUUAUUGUAUAGGCCUAGGCCAUCUACUCUGGCUCUGGAGCUCCGGAUGCUUCUGGACAGUGCUCAGUGGAAACCCCUGAAAGAAUGGACUGUUCUUAAGGCCUGUGAAGAAAAAGAUAUUGCAAUCCAUCCCUCCAGAUUCUUGGACAAACUCUGAAUCCCUGCCUGGAAAUCUAAAGGGAUUUGAGUCAUAACCGGUUGUCUAACUGGAACAUCAGCUUGGAAUCACAAACAUUACAGGAAGUGAAAAUGAAUUACAAUGAACUAACAGAAAUCCCAUAUUUUGGAGAACCAACACCUAAUAUUACUCUGCUUUCAUUAGUUCAUAAUAUAAUCCCAGAAAUCAAUGCAGAGGCGUUCCAGUUUUACCAUGCUCUUGAGAGUUUAGACCUUAGCUCAAAUAUGAUAUCAGAAAUCAAGACAUCUUCAUUUCCUCGAAUGCAGCUUAAAUACCUGAAUUUGAGUAAUAAUAGGAUAACUACCUUGGAGGCUGGUUGCUUUGAUAAUUUAUCAAGUUCCUUAUUAGUGGUAAAGUUAAACCGUAACCGAAUUAGCAUGAUUCCGCCUAAGAUCUUCAAGCUGCCUCAUCUCCAAUUCUUGGAACUUAAAAGAAACAGGAUUAAAAUUGUGGAAGGUCUUACAUUCCAAGGGCUUGACUCCUUAAGAUCUUUGAAAAUGCAACGGAAUGGAAUUAGCAAACUUAAAGAUGGAGCAUUUUUUGGCUUGAAUAACAUGGAAGAACUAGAACUGGAACACAAUAAUCUUACACGAGUGAACAAAGGGUGGUUGUAUGGCUUGCGAAUGUUACAGCAGCUCUAUGUGAGCCAGAAUGCUAUUGAAAGAAUCAGUCCUGAUGCAUGGGAAUUUUGCCAAAGACUAUCCGAACUUGAUUUGUCUUAUAACCAGCUGACUCGCCUGGAUGAAUCUGCCUUUGUGGGUCUGAGCUUACUGGAGAGAUUGAAUUUAGGGGACAACAGAGUCACCCACAUUGCUGAUGGUGUGUUUAGGUUUCUUUCCAAUCUCCAGACACUAGACUUAAGAAACAAUGAAAUUUCAUGGGCCAUAGAAGAUGCUAGUGAAGCCUUUGCUGGACUCACAAGUCUCACAAAAUUAAUCUUACAAGGAAACCAGAUUAAGUCAAUUACAAAGAAAGCAUUCAUUGGUCUUGAAUCCCUUGAGCAUCUAGAUUUGAACAAUAAUGCUAUAAUGUCUAUCCAAGAAAAUGCUUUUUCUCAGACUCACUUGAAAGAACUGAUUCUGAACACAAGCAGUUUGCUCUGUGACUGCCAUUUGAAGUGGUUACUUCAAUGGCUGGUUGAUAAUAACUUUCAACAUUCUGUGAAUGUAAGCUGUGCACACCCUGAAUGGCUAGCAGGGCAAAGCAUCCUGAAUGUGGAUCUGAAAGAUUUUGUCUGUGAUGAUUUUCUCAAGCCACAGAUGAGGACACAUCCUGAAAACACAGUUGCUCUAAGGGGCAUGAACGUGACUGUCAUGUGCACUGCAGUGAGCAGCAGUGAUUCACCCAUGUCCACUGUGUGGCGCAAAGACAGUGAAAUCCUUUAUGAUGUGGAUAUUGAGAAUUUUGUUCGUUAUCGGCAACAAGCUGGAGAAGCUCUGGAAUAUACCAGUAUCUUACAUCUUUUCAAUGUGAAUUUCACAGAUGAAGGAAAGUAUCAGUGUAUUGUUACCAAUCACUUUGGUUCCAAUUAUUCUCAGAAAGCCAGACUGACUGUGAAUGAGAUGCCAUCUUUUCUGAAAACUCCAAUGGAUCUAACUAUUCGCACUGGUGCCAUGGCCAGAUUAGAAUGUGCUGCAGAAGGACACCCUGCACCUCAGAUUUCCUGGCAGAAAGAUGGUGGUACUGACUUUCCUGCAGCUCGAGAAAGACGGAUGCAUGUCAUGCCUGAAGAUGAUGUCUUCUUUAUUGCCAAUGUGAAAAUAGAAGACAUGGGAAUCUAUAGCUGUAUGGCACAAAAUAUAGCAGGAGGCCUCUCAGCAAAUGCCUCACUAACAGUGUUAGAGACACCCUCAUUUAUUAGACCUCUGGAGGAUAAGACAGUAACUCGAGGUGAGACUGCAGUAUUACAGUGCAUAGCUGGAGGGAGUCCUGCUCCUCGCCUCAAUUGGACUAAAGAUGAUGGACCACUGCUGGUGACAGAACGACACUUCUUUGCUGCAGCCAACCAGCUUCUCAUCAUUGUAGAUGCUGGGCUAGAAGAUGCUGGGAAAUAUACCUGCAUUAUGUCUAACACCCUUGGGACAGAACGUGGCCACAUUUACUUAAAUGUCAUUUCAUCCCCAAAUUGUGACUCUUCCCAGAGUAGCAUUGGACAUGAAGAUGAUGGCUGGACCACAGUUGGUAUUGUCAUCAUUGUUGUGGUCUGCUGUGUUGUGGGCACCUCUUUGAUCUGGGUCAUUGUUAUAUAUCACAUGAGAAGGAAAAAUGAAGACUAUAGUAUCACAAACACAGAGGAGCUCAAUCUGCCUGCAGACAUUCCCAGCUACUUGUCUUCCCAAGGAACACUAUCUGAGCCACAGGAAGGGUACAGCAACUCUGAAGCAGGCAGCCAUCAGCAACUUAUGCCUCCUGUCAAUGGAUACAUACACAAAGGCCCUGAUGGUGGCACUGGUACCCGGGUGAUCUGCUCAGAUUGUUAUGACAAUGCCAACAUCUACUCCAGGACCCGAGAAUACUGUCCAUAUACCUAUAUUGCUGAAGAGGAUGUUUUAGAUCAGACACUGUCCAGCCUCAUGGUCCAGAUGCCCAAAGAGGCAUAUUUAGCACAUCCUCCCCACAAUGCUGCUGCCCUGGAGAGCUUGAUAUCAUCAGCAGACAGAGAGCUGUCUGCCUUUCCCACCAACCAUGAGAGGAUGAAUGAGAAGAAACUUUCCUCCACACAGAUAAGCAGUGAACCAUUGCAACGGCCUUUGUGGAAUAUAAACAGAGAACUAGGCCUGCCUCAUCCUCACUUUUCCCAGCAGCCAGUCUUUGAGUCGCCACAACUUCAUCAAAAUGAGGACCUAGCAAAGAGGGAUCCAGAUUGUUCUGCUUCCCCCACGUCCUGCCACAGGUUACAGGACCACACUUUUGAUUUUAAUAGGACUCAGAAUAUUCAAGAUGAUGGUGAGGGCACAUGAAACUCACUUCAGGGUGAAACCUGGGCAAAGACUCAUUAGUUAAUUUUGUAUUUACUACCUCGGAGUUCAGAAGAAACCCCAAAGUCAGCAUUUGCUUUACUCUUUGUUUACGAUUACAUCUGACCACACCAAAGUGGGCCACACAUUUUUUGGGGCAUAUACCUGAUGAAGAAAGGAUAAUGGCUGACAGAAAUGGGUACAUAUGAUCGAAAUGUGCGGCAUCGGCAAAGGGAAGACAAGGGGCAAAAGUGCUGAUGAUUCAAUGGGGAUGUGUCCAGGUGUGCAUUUGCCUAUCAGGAAGAGUCUCAUUGCUGCUUACCGUGGUGGAUUAUCCCAGUCCUCAGAAUGAUCCUGAGAAAGCAUCACUCCUUUGUUGUUCUACUUUGCCUUCUGAGGAACAAAAUUAACUCUGGGGCACUGUAGCAAAUGUGCCUGGGAUUCUUCCGUGGUUUUAAGCAGAGAGUUGAGAUUGGGGCUUUGAUAUUCAAGGUCUUCUUGUAAUUUUUUUUGUGUGUCCCUAUUGCCAAGGGAGCUCAUUGUAAAUAUAUGUGCAUUUAUAAAUAAUUUUUCUAUUCAUUGAC